GAGGAGAGAGCGACAAUGCCACAAGCCCAACCCAAUUCAUCCCCAAGUCCACCACCACACACACACACACACGCACACCACUCCUCUCCCCACAACCCAUCCACUCCCACGCCGCCGCCGCCGCCCGGAUCGCCGCGAGAUGGAGCAGGUGAGCACCCCUCGACCUCCGCGAUGACGAUGCCCUUUGCUGUAUCCGAUCCAUCCGCGAGCGUGGAGGAAAUGGUCGCUGCUGCUGCUGCUGAUGAUGAGUGUGUUUGUGUGUGGCUGGAGGAGCAGUACGAGAAGGUGGAGAAGAUCGGGGAGGGGACGUACGGGGUGGUGUACAAGGGCAAGCACCGGCAUACCAACGAGACGAUCGCGCUCAAGAAGAUCCGCCUGGAGCAGGAGGACGAGGGCGUCCCCUCCACCGCCAUCCGCGAGAUCUCGCUGCUCAAGGAGAUGCAGCAUCGCAACAUCGUCAGGCUGCAGGACGUCGUGCACAAGGAGAAAUGCAUAUACCUCGUCUUCGAGUACCUCGACCUUGACCUCAAGAAGCACAUGGACUCAUCCCCGGAUUUCAAGAACCACCGCAUAGUCAAAUCGUUCCUCUACCAGAUUCUCCGGGGCAUUGCGUACUGCCACUCGCACCGUGUUCUCCACCGAGAUUUGAAGCCCCAGAACCUGCUGAUAGAUCGGCGUACCAACUCAUUGAAGCUCGCGGACUUUGGGUUGGCCAGGGCAUUUGGCAUUCCUGUCCGGACAUUUACUCACGAGGUGGUGACAUUGUGGUAUAGAGCACCUGAAAUUCUUCUUGGUGCAAGGCAUUAUUCCACCCCUGUUGACAUGUGGUCAGUUGGUUGCAUUUUUGCUGAAAUGGUGAAUCAGAAGCCACUAUUUCCUGGAGAUUCUGAGAUUGAUGAACUCUUUAAGAUUUUCAGUAUUAUGGGCACUCCAAAUGAAGAAACUUGGCCAGGUGUUGCUUCACUACCUGACUACAUAUCAACUUUCCCAAAGUGGCCAUCUGUGGAUCUUGCAACCGUGGUCCCAACACUUGAUUCUUCAGGACUCGAUCUUCUCUCUAAAAUGCUCCGUUUAGAUCCAAGCAAAAGAAUCAAUGCCCGUGCUGCCCUCGAGCACGAGUACUUCAAGGACCUGGAAGUGGCGUAGAUUAUGCCUCAUCUUGUCCAUUUGUAAAUUAAGAUUGCAUUGUUUGCUCAGCCGAGUUCUUUUUUGGCUUUCCUUAAUCUAAGUUGGUGUGCUCCUCCCCCAACUCUAUUUUUGCCCUUUUGGUUGUGUAGAGAUGAGAACAGAAGGUACCUCCUGGCUAUCCCUCUGUGUAAUUCAAGCCAAUUGAAAGAUCCUUAUUGCGGGAGCUCUACAUUGCAAUUUUGCUCUCUUGCCUAUAUCCAGUUCCAGGACUGCUGGGAUUUUAAGCUGCCAAUGUGGCAUGGACUUCUCCAGUCAUUCAACCAGUUAAUUUAAACUCUUUUGCCAACA